AUGGCGGAUCCUUUGAGCAUCACUGCUUCAGUGCUUGCUGUGGCCACAGCCGCAUUCGUAUCAACAAAAACACUCAUCGAUACCGUAAACCGCUUCAAAGGUCGCGAUAAGACUUUGCAGAGGCUGCAGGAUGAGCUUGAGGACCUCCUCAAGAUCUUGGAGAUGCUCCAAGGCAUAUCUCAAUGUGAGCUGUCUAUCCUAGCGCUUCUCGAAGGCCCCGUUCGCCGGUGCAGUGAGUUGUGCCUUAACUUCGACAAGUCCAUGAAAGACUUCACUGGAAAGGCAACAAAGACCGGGUUCCGAGAUUGGGCCAAGCUGGAGUUUAGGAGGGGCGACAUCAACGAAUUCAUCGACACCGUGUCAGGAUACAAAUCCACGAUCUCGGUCGGCUUGGGAGCCAUCAACUUGAAUGUAUCCAAAGCAUCCCAGCAGAUUCUCGAGCAGUACAGCGAGAUGAUUGAAGAUACGACGUACAAUCUCAAUCUUCGCCUACAAAGAAUCGACGACAAAAUAGCGCUGCUCCCACAGAAAACCGCUGACAGCUCCGACACAAGCAUUGAUCUGAACAACGAGCGAGCAGUGACAGAGCGGUGCCUUAGCAUUUGCGAAAAUGCGAGGUCUUAUCUCGAAUCAUUGACAGAUCAAGAACCAUUAUCGCAACCUAAAUCUCCCCAAGAGUAUCCUAUGGAUCAGCAGGAGACCUUUGAAGCGCAGCGUCUCACCCGCCAACUUCUAGGCCAAAAUAGGGAUAGCAUUGCGGAGAUGGUCGGCCGUCUUCGGGAACGUUUGGAAUCCAUACCACCCGAUGGAAACCCCGCCAAUGGCCAUGAGAGAACACGCUUGCAGCAGGAGCUCAACCUUUCGAAACAGUGUCUCGAGGUUUGCAAAAUGGCUUCUGUUGAAGUAACGCGACAAAAAUGCCACACAAUCGGAGAGGCGAUUGCCGACGGGGACAGUGAUCAAGUUUUAGUCACGACUUUUGCAGACCUCUUCAAUAUUGGGAAAGCGGAGUCUCGAGGCAAGUCUGCGCAAUUGAUCGGAUCAAUGCGAGACGAAACACUGCAGCGAAUCUCUGAUGGUCGAUACGGUAGCCGCUUCGGGGCUUUGCCCAGCACCGAAGCAAGCGCUCCUCUUUUGCAGUCGCCGGUCGAAGUUCAACGAACCAAAGAGGACCCUUCACGUCAGGAGACCGCCGAGGGUGGACGUUCGAUGGCUACAAGACCUUACAAACCUAAUUCCUAUCAAGUUAGAAGCCGAAGGCCAGAUGGACGGGCUGGAACCAGAGAGGAAGGCGAAGAAUGA